AUGGUAAAUAAUGAGCCUAAGAGUUUAAGAUUGAAAGAAAUAUGCAAUGUUAAGGAAAGGUUUGUUGGAGAAGAUGGCAAGUUUUGUGCAGAGUCUGUGGAAUCAUUACUUGAUUAUGUCAUUUCAAAGUUGGGGAAGGACAUUGAAGCACUCACAAGCUCCUUUGUGCCUCAUCAAACUCAGUACACAAUAUUGGAGGGUGUUCAGAAGGUUUCAAGUGAAGGUGUGAUGUGUCACAAGUUGAAUUUCAAGAAGCCCGUGUUUUACUGUCAUCAAGUGAAUGCAACAAUCACGUACAUAGUUCCCAUGAAAGCUGCUGAUGGCACGAGAACAAAUAUAGUGGCUCUUUGCCAUCGUGAUACGAGAGGCAUGGAUCCCCAUAAUUUGUUCCAUCAACUCAAAGUCCUACCAGGAACAGUGCCAGUUUGCCAUUUCUUGGGAUCCGGGGCUAUCUCUUGGGUUCCAAGAAAUAAUGAGCUUAAGGCUUCUCGCUAA